AUGGCUUCUCUACCCAUGCAGAUUGCCACUCCUUUGACGGACGAGGAUGUCGAGAAAGGAGAAGCAUCCGUCCUGGUUUCUCCGAGAAAUCCAACACCUAUGAAGACAAUCUACCUAUCCGACAUCGACCAGACCGCAGCUUUUCCUGUAGAGACCAUCUUCUUCUACGAGAUGCCACCUGACGAUGCAGCAGCAGUCACGUCCGAUGUCGUCGAAAGGGUGAAGAGCUCAGUGUCUGAUGUCCUCUUGAUCCCCUACUACUUCAUGGCCGGGAGACUCAACUUCAACCUGGAAACCAAGAGGCUGGAGCUACUCUGCAACAAUGCCGGGGCCUUGUUCGUUGGUGCAACAUCGAGACGUAGGCUAGAGGAGCUCGGCAGCCUCUCUGCACCCAACCCUUCGUUCCAGCAUCUCAUCCUUAGAACCGAUGGAUUUAAUGGCCUCCAUGAGACCCCCAUCUUCACCGUUCAGGUCAGUUCAUCCUCCUCUCAUCGGGAUGGAUGCGUCUGUAUAGACCUUGACUUCCGAUUUCCAAUGAAGGUGACUGUAUUCAGAUGCGGAGGUUUCUCGAUCGGCAUAAUGACGAACCACAGCGUACUCGACGGGAAAUUAGCAGCCGAAAUGUUUGAGAAUCUUGCUGCCAUUUGCAGGGGUGAUGGCCUGAAGACUCUCGAGCUUCAUGUGGAUAGAUCAUGCAUCAGGGCAAGAUAUCCACCUCAGAGACGCUUCCACCACACGGAGUAG